AUGUAUUUGAAUAACGUGUCAAUAACAAGAUUACCAUUAGAAUGCGAGAGGUCUUAUAUAAUAAAUGCAAUACGAAAUAAUUUGCUAGUAUGUUUUCCAACUGAAACAUUAUAUGCGCUUGCCUGCAACGCAUUAAGCGUUGAAAAAAUACAAAAAAUAUACCAGAUAAAAAAACGCCCUCAAAAUAAGCCCUUAUCUAUAUUUGUUAGUGAUGUCAAUGUAUUAAAAAAAGUAGCAAUAGUUAAAGAAAAAUACGUUGAUUUGGUGAACUACUUUUCUCCCGGACCAGUUACUUAUGUUUUACCACUUAGAAAUAGUAACUUGUUGCCAAGUGAGUUUUUUAAGACAAGUAUAGGUGUAAGAAUUCCUAAUCAUCCGAUUGCAGUUUCGAUAUUAAAUAAGCUAGAAAUGCCUAUAAUUGCAACAAGUAUAAAUAUCUCGGGAGAAAGAAGUGUAUAUAGAGCGAAUGAUAUGCCACAAUCUAUCAAGCAACAUUUAUCUUGCCUCAUUAAAGAUGAUAAACUAGUUUCGGGUAUAGAAUCAACUAUUGUCGACCUAACCACAGAUGAGAUUAAGGUGCUAAGAAAAGGUUCACAUUCUGUAAAUAAUGCUAUUCAAAACCGCGUAUGGAAAAGUUAAUAGGGCAUAAUCAAGCAAGAGAGAAGUUGAUGAAUAACUUAUCUAUUCAAUCUUGGAUAGUUUGUGGCAAAAGAGGUAUAGGAAAAGCAACGCUUGUAAAAUCCUUUGCUCAUUGGCUACUCACAAAGAACUGCGAUUUAGCAACACUAGACUUACAUAUAGUUGAAGGUGAUAUAUUAGGAAUAGAUAAAAUUAGAGAAAUGAAAAAUUUUCUGCAUUUAAGCUCUAUCCAAUCAAAAUACAAGAUAGUCAUAAUAGAUAGUUUAGAAGCAAUGACUGAUAAUGCUAAAAAUGCGGUGCUAAAAACAUUAGAAGAGCCGCCAAAAAAUUCCAAAAUAUUUAUAAUUAACCAUAAACCACACAAUAUACAAACUACCAUCAAGUGUAGGUGUUUUCUGUUAAAUUUAUUACCUCUGACCUAUGAUAAAACAAAGCAAGUUGUUUGCUCUCAAUAUAAAUUUGAUGAUAAGAUUUUCGAUGAAAUGGUUGCUAUAUUUCCUGGAGCACCUGGAAUGAUAAUCAAUGCGAUAAAUAGCAACAUAUAUGAAUUAUAUAGACAAUUUUAUACACUUUUACAUAGUUUUAACAAUCCUGAAAUAAUCGAUAAAAUAAUUAACAGUAGUGUUGACCUGGAGAUCGCAUCUUAUAUUAUAAGAACUCUUCUUCUUAAGAAUAUCAAGGAGAAUAUAGAUAGUAUUGAAGUUUUACUUAGCAAGUGGAAAAAGGUGGAUGAGCUUCUUAUUGCUGCAGGGCAACUUCACUUGGAUAAAAAACAU